CUGGUCCACUGACCCAGCGGUCCACCGGUCCACCGGUCUCACGUGUUUAACUGUGCGUUUGUGAAGAUGAAGCGUCGGGCGGCCGUCCUCCUCCUGCUCGCUCUUUCAUUCGUUGAAGCAGACGAUUACUGCUACGACGAGCCGUACUGCGACCCUUACGCCUGGGGUGACUUGUUUCACUCCUGUCACCCGUUACUCGAUGAGCAUCACUCACCCAUCGACCUGGACCUCCACAUGAGCCGGGACUCCUCCUUGGACGCUCUGACGCUGGACGGCUUCGAGGAGGUGCAGGGGGGACACUGGACGCUGCAGAACGAUGGACAUUCAGUGGUGCUGUCCGUGGGCAGUGGGAUGUCCGUGAGCGGGGGCGGACUCCCCGGUCAGUACCACACUCUCCAGCUGCACUUCCACUGGGGCAGCCCGUCCACAAACGGCUCCGAGCACACGCUGGACUCCCGCAGAUUCCCGAUGGAGAUGCACGUGGUCAACAUGAAGUCCACCCACCCAAACGUGUCCGCGGCGCUGGACGACCCCACGGGGCUGGCCGUCCUGGGCAUCUUCAUCGACGUGGUGUAUGCAGACAACGUGCACUUCAGCUCCAUCUCACAGAAGCUCUCGUCCGUGGCUCACAAAGGACAAGAGGCUAAAGUGAAGCCCUUUCCCCUGAUGAACCUCCUGCCAAGGCACAACCUGAGUCAGUAUUACAGAUACCACGGCAGUCUGACCACUCCGCCGUGCUCUCAGGCCGUGCUCUGGACGGUGUACGAGGUCCCCGUCUACAUCUCCUGGACUCAGCUCGCUCAGUUCACGUCCCAGAUUUUCUCCACAGAGGAAGACGCAGAGCAGGUCACGCCUCUUCAGAACAACUUCAGACACAUCCACCCGGUCUUCAGCCGCGAGGUCUCUGCCUCCAGGGACGCACGGCUGCUCCCGGGGGCCGCGGGGCGAGCGGGGCCCCCCUCUGUGGGACUGAUGCUCUUUCACUUUGUUUUAUUAGGGCUCCUCAGUCGAGCAUUUUAGAACAAAACAAACACUGGAGAUGUGAAAACAAAACUGUGAAGCCUUUUGUCCUGAUGCGGUUAUGAACACGGCGGUGGGGCCUUUACAAACGCGGCGGUGGGGCCUUACGUAACUGGACACUCUUGAUGUGUUUUCUUUCAUAUUUUACGUCCUGUACAAACCAGUGGCACAUGGAGUUGGACUUUAGUGUUUUUGCCACUUUGACCUCAGUAAACAUCACUACAACUAAAAACAAUGCACAAAUAAAAUAUUCACAUCCUC